AUGGAGGAAGAAAUAUUGAAGGCUUAUCAAUUGAAGACAUUGAAUCCCCAGUCAUGGGAAGAAGAUUCAGAUGAAAUAAACCCGACAAACCCAAUAACAGAUAAAGAUUUCAAUGAUGGAGACAGUUAUGCUUUGCUGCUGAGCAUAGUCAAUAAAGACUCAGAUCUGCAAGAAGUUCAUAAUGCGCUUGAUCCGCUAAACCCUCAUGUAACAAUUCAACAGGUUGCUCGUGAAAGAAAUUUAAAUGGCAAUGAUAUAUCCAAGUUUUCCAUAAAUAGUAAACAAUUCAAUUCAAAGCAGUUUUUGAAAUUCAUCCAUAAGGAUGAUUCAUUCAGUCAAUUGUCUGAAAGCUUGAAUAUUUUGGAAGGUUCAAUAGUUGAGAGAAAUAAAGAAUUGAGAUUAUUGGUUGAGAGAGAAUUUCUCAGGUUUGUUAGAUCAAAAUCUUCAUUAGAUGGUAUUUUAUCACAAUUUCAAAAAACUGGAUUCAAUGACGAUGAAGUUGGACUAAAGAGCUUGAAAAGUAGUGUGAAUGAUGCCAAUAAAGAAGCUACGUUGUUGAUAAAACCAAUAUUACAGAAAAAGCAGAGAGAGCAAAAGUUAAAACAGGCUCUGGAGUAUGUCGAGAAGAAAAAGCUCUUUUUUAAUUUACCUAAAUCAUUUAAGAACUAUAUAAAUGAAAAUGAUUAUGACAACUUGAUUCAUGAUUACAAGAAUGCUAAACAAUUGAAAGAAGAUAAUAAUGACAAGAUCAUCAGCAGAAUCUGGGAAGAAUUAGAAAUGAUUAUUGAUACUUAUAAGAAAACCUUGUGGCAAUCCUUAACAAAAGAUGAAAGUGAUGAUGAUUUCUUGAAAAGUAUAAAGAAGUUGAUCGAAUUAGAUGUUAUUGAUAACCCUGUUUUGGAAUGGAUUGAUCUAAAACUCAAGAAAUUCAUCAGUUUAUUUAAUGAAACUUUUGGAAAAUAUCAUGAAAAGAUUUUGAACGUCCAAUUAAACAUUUUAUCAACAGUUGAUGAACAAGAUUUCACAAAUUUUAAAAGUGCCCUAGAGAGUAACAGACCUUUGAUUGAUUCUGCGUUGAUAAUAGAAAUGUGGUUAAUGAUUGUUAAGUUGAUUGAAAAAUUACAAGAACUUGUCACAAACUUCAUCAAAUUUUGGAAUCACGUUGAACGCUUUUUAAAUGGUACUUAUCAACAAAGAUUUGUUUCAAAUUAUAUUGAUCCCAACUCACCAUACUUGAAGUUUGAAAAGUAUGAAAUUGAAGAUGUGAAGAAGAAAGGAGAAACAUUCAUCGAUCUAUUGGUAAACAAAUUGAUUAGGUUUUUUAGCUCAACCCAAGAUUCCUUGAAAACUCUUCACACUUCCAAGACUAAUGAAAAUGAUGGUGCAACUGACAAUUUUGGCUUCUUACCACCUUUCACAAAUAGUUUAAGUGCUUUAAAGUAUUUACCAAAAAUUUACACAUCAACAUCAGAAAUAUUGAAUAACUUGGGCCAAUUGGCAAUAACAGAUAAGACUGUUCAGUCAUUGAGAGAUACUUCAGUGUUGCUAAGUGAACGUAUCGUGGGAUCUGUAUGUGCAAGCUGGUUAAAUGAUUGUCGCUCGUUCCACAACUUGGAAAAUUGGGAGAACUUGAACACUGGUGAAACAUUAAUCCCAAAUUUAAUUUAUGAUUAUGAAGUCUAUGUCAUUAAAGGUCUUGGAAAAUUGUUAUUCAGCAAACUACCUGAAGCUAAAGUUGCCCAGAUUGUCAAGUAUCCUUCAAAGAAAAUACUGACUGGGGUCCAGAUUCAAUUUCUACGCUCCUUCGAUGUUUUAUUAGAAAGUAUGAUUAAAAAAAUCAUUGAGGAAAAUCAAAAUCAAACUGUAUCAAAAGAUAUAAAGAGUCAUCAUAAAUUAUUAACAUUAUCAAACAUCAAAAAAUUGAAAACGUCAGUGGUCCCAUCCACUCUUGAAGAAUUUGACAAUACGUUUGAUAGUAACCUUCAUUCACAAAACUUGGAAAUCUAUGCAAUUUUGGAUAAAAUGGAACUCACAAUUUUUGAUUCAUACAUCAAUGAGCAGAGAAAACACCUUUCAAAGAUUCUAUUAACUGGUAUUUCAAAUACUCAAUGGUCUUCAAUCUCAUCACCACCUUCAAAAGUCUCAAGUUUUAUUUACGAAAGCAUCCAUUUGUUGAUAGUGGUUUACACUAGUGUUUCUAAAGUUUCAGAUAAUCUGAUUGGUAAAGUUCUUCAAGAUUUGUUAGAAUAUACUUCUGUCAAUCUUUUGAAGGAUUUAAGAGAGGUUGGUGAUUUCUCAAUAGAAGGUCUAAGACAAGUUUCUUUAGAUGUUGAGUUUUUGAAGAAAUUAAUUGGCAAAUCUGCUUCACAGGCAACUGUCAACAAUUUAAACUUGGUUUACAAAAAUGUAUUUGGACCAAGAGUUGACACAAAAACCAUUUUGAAUUCAAUAACUCCAUUAUUGAAUGAUUCUCUUGAUGGAUCCAGAAUUGAAUUUAACAUCUUCAACAACUGA